AUGGUGACUCAUCCAAAUUAUAUUCGAACACAUGGUUCACUACCGACUUUGAUGCAUUUUAGAGGAAGUAAUGUGUUGUUAAUGGUUGGAAACAAUAUUACAUUCAUUGACGAUCUUGACAUACAGAAGAAUGAUUUCACUGUCAAGGUUCGAAUUGUUAGAUUGUGGAAGCAACCGGUGUUUAAAAACCCGGAUGAAAUAUACUCCAUUGAAAUGAUAUUAAUGGAUGAACAUGGCACCAAAAAACAAGCAAAUGUCCUGCAAAAAUGGGUUCCUAAGUUCAGGAACUUACUUCAAGAAGGGGCUAUAGUUUUUAUUAAGAAUCCUACAAUUGCUCGAUAUGCAACGAAGUACAAGUUAAUCGACAAUACAAACAAGUUAAAUUUCUAUUACAAGACUUCUGUUUCGAAUUGCCGGGAUUUUAAGGGUUCCAUUUUUGGUUUCUCAUUUGUCAAAUUUGAAAACAUUAAAUCCAAAAGUAUCCUAGAACAUACAGUAGUUGAUGUAAUUGGGGAGAUUAUUGCUUGUGAGAUAAUGGUGACUCUUCCAGAUAGCAAUGGAAAAGCCAAAAGAAGAAUGAAACUUGAGAUGCAGGAUUUGGGCGGGAUUAAAAUACAAGUUACAUUGUGGGAUGCCUUUGCUGAGGAAUUGAAUGAUUAUGUUUGUACAAACAAGGACAAGGGGAUUGUUGUUCUUGUUAUUCAAUUCGCAAUGGUCAAAAUUUACAGAGAAAAACCAUUUCUUUCUAACUCAUUCAAUUGUACGAGGCUGUUCAUCAAUUCGGACAUUCAUGAAAUUAAAGAUUUUAAGAAAAGUUUGAUUCAGGAAAGUGGCGAAUCUAAAUGGUCACAACAGAUUUCAAUGCUCUCUGGAAUGUGUUACUCAUAUCAUGAAGAUUUCCUAGACAGAACCAGUAGAGCAAACGUUGUUAAAAUCAGUGAGACUGUUGAGUGUAACAUAGCAUACUUUAUACAAGUGAAAUCACUAAUUGUAUUAGGAACGGUGAAAGCAUUUAGGAAAGAUAUCCCUUGGUUUUACAUGGGUUGCACGAGGUGUAACCACAAGGUUCGACCCACGUACAUUAUUAGUGACAAGGAUGAUGGCUCUGGUAUGAAAGAAGAGAGGGAGAGUUUUGAUUGUACAACUAAUAGAUACAAAGGUAAACAGACAGAAGUGUUGCCAAAGUUCAGAAUUUCUUUGAGAGUUCAAGAUGAUACUGGAAUUGUAUCAUUGACAUUAUUUGAUCGGGAAGCUAAUAAAAAUUUGAACCAAACGGAAACAGAGUUGUAUGAAAAAGUUAAAGAGAGUGGUGAUUUAGACAUGUUUCUAGAUGAGUUGGAUGUUUUGCUUGAUCGGAGGUUUGCAAUAAAAAUUGGCAUAACUGAUUACAAUAUUAAGAACAACUUUUUCAUUCAUGGCAUUUCAAAGCUAACAAAUGAUGAUGCCAUUUUGACAUUUACUCUGCAGCCUGCUGAAUCAGAAGCAGUAAAUCUGUAUUCAACAUAUUUCAAUUCCCAAGAUAAGUUAAAGGAUGUUGUUUCAUAUACUGGUGAGAAUGCAACACCAUCCGAUGUUGAUAAGAGCACUGCAGACAGUCCGAAAUCAGAAGAAAAAUUGUGUGAGAGAAGGCUUAGCAAGAGGGUUGAAAGGAAGCGGCUUUUUGAAAGUUUGUCUGAUGCCGAUCAGGAAGGAAAAGGAUCGGCUAUAAAAACAUUAUAA